CAUCAUCCGGCAGGCAGUCAGGCAGCCAGGCAGCCGCUUCAUCAUCAUCAUCUUUAGUUCGCCCUCUCUUCACAUUUACUUUAAAUAUUAUUUAGUUUAUGUACGCCUAGAAUCGAAUGCUCUUUUGUGCCAUUUGCGUGUUUGUUUCGAUUUAGUUUGUAGUUCGUAGUGUGUUUCUCUUUGUGCAGCUAGAUCUAGAGAUAUAUACUAAACGCGAUACACGCUAGAAGAUAAAUUGCCAUGUUGAAAUGCUGUUGUAAUAAAAAAGAAAUGAACAAAUCCAUGCCAGAUCCCCCAGCGACCCGUCCAAACUCAAACUAUUUGUAAACAAUUCAGAUGUGGGCCAAAAAAGCACUUGUGGGCUGCAUUCUGGACAGCAUUCUGGCUGGAUUUUGAGGAAAUGCAGUUCAUAAAUGCCAGUUGAUGUAGGUCGAAUUUUGUAAAAUAAAUAUGUCUAUUUGGAGAAGUCCCUAUCGCAUAAGAAGACAAGGGAAGAGUCAGUUUGCUUUGUGAUUAUUUGCGAACUAUAAAGAAAACAAGGUCCGAUUUCCGAGGAAUAAAGUACAAAUACCUCUUCUCUUUGUCCCUAAACAAAGAACUUGUUUCCACUUGGGUAUAGCUCCACUGUGUAAGUCCUCGAAAUGUAUUCUUUUUGUUGCCAUCUGUUGACGCGACACUCCUUGUUUUCCGAUUUGCAUUCAGCGGCGGACUUCUCCCGGCCAUCGCCAUUGUUGCCCAGUUGCACAAUUCUAAUUCCAAUUCCGAUCCGCCUCUGGGGUAGUGUAUGGUAGGGCACAUGGGUAUAAAUAGAUGCGGGGCAUGAGACAGUUCUUGAGCGUGUGUACCCCCUUUGCUAGAAAAUACCUACGCCUUGACCACGGCUGCACCGGCGAAUGGACGCGGCCUCCAGAACUCCCAUUCGGCCAACGAGUUGUCCAGAAAUCGGGACAUGCUGGACAGCACAGAGGACUGGCUGCCACGGGCCAACUCCCUCAGCAGCAUCGACAGCUACACAGAGGCGGCCGGUGUGUUCGAGCCGCGAGUGGAGACCAGGCGUCUGGUCAUCCGGGAGGUGGAAGAGGAGACUGAGGUGCACGAGGAUGUGACCAUGGGCGACGGCGGAGCGGCUCGCCUCCGGGACCUGCCAGUUCGAAAGGCGUACACGCGUCGUGCGGCACCAGCCUCGACCAAGACGGGAGCCAAGCGUGGCCAGAAGCAGUCCGAAACGGACCCCAGCGCCACCAGCUCCACCAAUGUGAUUCGGUCGCGCCGCAAGCUGCGCGAUCCCACCCCAGAUGUGGAUGUGGAGGGCGAUUAGGCCGUGCCACUUUGUGUUCCAACCACACCUAUACUCUCAGCGAUCGAAUUUGUAACACUCAGCUCAGCGAUACUCCCACAUACUGUCAUCUUAACCCUGUCGUCCCACUUGCAGUUUUUUUUAUAUACUUUUACACACAAGCACUAUUCCUGCGUACUGUCUAGACCUAAGUUCCCCAGUAGUUUUAAUUGCGAUUAAAUCAUUUAAAUGCCAA